AUGCUGCCAGUUUUCUGGGAGGUCAAGUCCAAAACGCGGACUUCACCAUCAUCUCAGCCUGGUCAUCGCCUGACUGCCCCUGUUCGAGGCCAGUUCGAACCCGGGUGGCGCCCAUAUAAUAAUUAUGACGGCUCUAACCCGGAACAGCACGGGGAGACUCCGCGUGCACCGCCUGUCUACAUCGCGCCACCACGAGCCAACCCGCAUGGCCCUGCAGAAGUGACAUAUGGACGACCUGGUAGCAUCACAGCGCCUCCUCACACCCCCACAGAGCCUCAACCACCGCCUGGCACUUAUCGGCCUGUGAAUGGCUCCCAAGAACAAGCGCAGCACCCGCAACCACCGCCCCAACAAGCUGGACACACACCUGGACCUAACAAAUUUCAACAACCACGUAUGCCUUACCCUCCGGAUGGGCGUCAUCCAAACGGCGAAACUCACGGAGUACCGAUGUACUCCCACGGGGAUCCAAUGCAGCCAAUACCUGCCUCACAGCCCUAUGCCCCUGGAGGCCAUAUGGCUCCUACUCCGGGAUUGUACGAAACGAACAGUUAUUUUAUUACACAGGCUGGGUUGCCUCUGGCGAACCGCCAACGAAGGACAACGCGAGCUCAGCAGGCAUGCGACCAAUGCCGUUCACGGAAAGCGAAAUGCGAUGAAGGUCGGCCAGCUUGCAGCCAUUGCAAAGAAAGUAAUGUUCCCUGCGUCUACAAGGAUGUGCCUCCUCAGAAGCAAGAAAGGUCAACUCAGAUCAUCGUUGAAAGAAUAGACCGACAGGAGGAGACAGAAAAAGCUACCAGAGAAGAGUUGAUGAAACAACUAAAUGAGAUGAAAACUCUUUUGGCUGAUGUUAAGUCGCAAAUGGAUGCUAUGGCCGGUUCCACUGCCCCAAGAAAACUGAGCCAUUUGACGCCUUCUCCUGGAAAAGUGGAGGCAAAUGCGAAUUUUACCUCACCAAAUGCCAGACCACCGGAAACCCAAGGCCCUGCUGAGCUUCCGAGAGAGGCGGACGUGGAUCGGGCUUUCUCUACUGUGGACGGCGACGAAACCCGGAUUUCAGAGGAGUUUAAGGAGCUGCAGGACCUUGAUGCUGGGGAGCUGUCCAUUCCAAUAGAACACACUACUGCUGCUCACAAGUUAUUAUUAUGGCCAUCUAUUCAGAAGUUGCUCCCUGAGAGGAUCGAUGCCGACUACGUGAUGCAACUGGAAGAAAAUCGUGGUCCUCUCAGGCUAUAUGGCAGAGGUGAAGGCGAUGAUAGUUCUGCAGACAGCCCAGUUACCUCGCCUACAACCCUGGAACCGGACCCUACCAUUGUAGCUCUAGGUAGAGCAAAUGCAUGGGGCUCGGGGUUUGGAUUCCCUUCUGGGCCUGACACUAAUAGAUUCUCCAUGCAGCAACAUCCAGGUGGAUUAACUCCAUAUGGCACCUUGAAUGUCGACGCAGAAACUGUUCAAGCUUACUAUCACAGUUACCUGGAUAACAUGCACGCACUCCACCCGUUCCUUGAUGCAGUGGCCUUGCACCAAAUGAUUUAUAACUUUGUUAACAACUACAGCCCUCGCAAACCCGCUUUCUCGUCAUUCUCACCUCAAAUAACACAUGUCCAUGGCGAGAGAAUGGCCGCCAUACCCAAGGGGAAAAGAAAGCGAUCUGCUGAUGUGGCUUUUGAAGUAGCUCCAGAAAUGAUACCUGAAAACACCGGUGCGCCCAGCACUGUAAUCCACAAGUCCCUGGAUAACGCUAUUGUUCUCCUUGUUCUUGCUUUAGGCUCGAUAUGUGCUGUUAAAUCUGAUAUACCCGGACCAUUGAACCGGAAAAGCGGAAACAAACGCAUUAUGUCGACCUCCCCGACCCUACCUGAUUCCGGUAGUUUGUCAUCAUUCCAUUCUCCAAAUGAAGAGUUUUUUCCACGUUCAGCCGGACACCACCGGAGGUUUUCUGGUGCAGCACAUUCCGGAGAUGUCUGGAACUCAGAAGAUCAAUCUGAACGGAACUUGGAUAUUAUUCCUGGCCUAGCAUAUUUUGCUUUGGCGUCAGAUAUUCUUGGUGAUGUGCUGGGCGGCGGUGGUCUGAAACAUACACAAGCUUGUCUGCUCGCGGCCCUGUAUACUGGCCAGCUCGCCCGCCCCUUUUCCAGCCAUGCUUGGAUAUGUGAAGCUUCAAGAGCCUGCCAAAUUCUUCUACGACCCCGUACAUUUGAUCGUAUUCCGAAUGGAACGCGCCAGAAGGAGCUGAUCAAUUUUGCCUUUUGGACAUGUUUGCAACUUGAAAGCGAUAUUCUCGCGGAACUUGAUCUUCCUGCUAGCGGGAUAAGCCGCUUUGAAGAUCGGUUUUCCACUCACGCCGGUCUCUUCAUAAGUACAAAUGAACUGCAAACUCCCGACCCACGUACCAUGAUCUACUAUGUUGCGCAAAUUCACUUACGGAAGGUCCUGAAUCGCGUCCACACAGAGUUAUACAAAGCUGAGUCGCCUGAUUCUAAGGGACCAAAAGUAUCUUGGACGACCAAAGUACAAGAAGCCUUGAGUUGUAACCUCGAAGCAUGGAGAACCGGACUGCCAGAUAAUAUGCGAUGGGAGGAAUCCGACCCCCCCUCCAACAACAUUAUCAUCGCGCGAAUGCGCGGGAAGUACUACGGGUGCCGCUACAUUAUCCAUCGGCCCUUAUUGCACCAUGCCCUGCAUCCAAUGUCCAAAUACCUCCCAGGGGCUGCCAAUUCCAUCGCACCAAGUAGCCCUUCCAACAUGUCCAGCUCGCAGUCACAGGCUUCACCACCGUCUGCUCACCCAGCUCUUCUUUCACAAAAUAUGGAACGAUUCCCUAAUGACAUGGGUCCUCCCAGUAGACCAGGGAUGCUCCCUGAUCAUCAACAACUUUCGCUCAAAUCGCUUGACUCGAAGGUCCGUAAGGCUUGCCAGGCGUGUAUUGACGCGGCAAUACAGAGUACGAUAGCAUUUGAUGGCGUCCAGGGACGACCGGUUGUCACUAAUAUCUUUGGAACGGCACAUGCUCAAUUCGGAAAUAUGCUCGUGUUGUCCGCAACCUACAUGUCACCCCUGUCACAGCUCGUAGAUCGAGAAACUCUCCGAUCGCUCCUUAACCGCACGAUCAACUUUCUCUUGCAAAGCCGGCAUAUUUCCCCAACUCUUAGUAAGGAUGCUGAAAUACUGACACUGAUUCGGCAAAAAAUAUUUGAUACUCCGACCACAAGUUUUUCGACCGCUGACGGGGACAUGACUUGA